AUGACUACAUAAAUAUUUUAAACACUUUUAUUAAAAUUGGUGUCACAGUUGUGACAGAAAAUGUACUAUACAAUUUGAAAUAUAGACAAAUAAACCAAAUGAGCUUUGUAAGAAAUGUAAAUAUAAUAAUUAAACAUUAAGUGUUUGUGGAAAAAAUACAACCAACAUUUUUUUAUGCGGAAACACACGGACUCCUGUCGAGCAGCGUUAGCAUUAUACUCACCUUUUACAAUCGCAACACAACUAACGUUACUCAUCACCUGUUUGACUGCUUUAUUUACCGUUUAUACAAACAAAAGGUCGUGCUUGACGAAUAUAGUCAAUAUUUUGGAUUUACAUCACUAAAGUAAGCUUUAGACGGACAGGUUAGCAUCUCGCAGCGCGAGCUAACAACUAAAAUAGCUCAGUAUGCUAAAAACAACGCAAACUUUUUAAAUCCUUAUUUCCACUUCUUAUCGUCAGCUGUUGUAAAGUUGCUUAUGUUUCCCCCUCUGAAAGACCUUAUUUUAUACCGUUACUAACUGCCGAGUUGGAGUAACCGAUUGGAUUUCUGCUUUAAAAGUAAAUGUUUGUGAUAAAAUGGAUAUCUUGAUUAAUCACUUCAUCAAUAAAAUGAACGACAACAUCAGCAGGCUGCAUUGUAAUACAUAUGAGGAUGAUUCAGGAGCAUCUAGGGUUCCUGUACAUAACUCAAGAUGUACACCCAUGAGCCCAACCAAGAGAAAACACCGUGAAAACUCUCUGAAUCAUCAAAAAGACUCUGAUGAAGAACAGAUGAACAAAAUGAGAUGCUUAUUAGGAUCACAUCUCAUGUAUUUUGCAGGUUUUUCUUGUGCUAUUUUUAGGAGAAAUUCGAAUGGAGACACUGGAAAUCAGGAGUUAUGGAAUUAUAGUCACACAUCUCUAAGUGGUCUCCAUAACCAUCAUCCAUUUGCACCAUUCCCUAUUUUUGCGGUGGAUCAACCCCUUGAGAUGACCAAACACAGCUUAGAUCCUACUAGAAGCAUGCUUCUUAUUCCUGGAUGUGGCACAAAACACCAGCAGAAUCGUCCAUCUGUAAUCACCUGUGCCCCUGCCAGCAACCGUCCUUGCAGUCUUUCCAGUUGCCACAUGUCCCCUAAUAGCUGCACAUCUGGAUCCACCAACAAGACCAAAGCAAACACUGCGUGUGACCCCGUGAUUGAGGAGCAUUUCCGCCGCAGUCUGGGGAAGAUCUAUGAGGAGCCGGCGCCUGUCUCUAACUCAGUGUGCAUUACAGGCUCAGUUGAUGACCACUUCACUAAAGCGCUGGGUGAUGCCUGGUUACAGAUCAAAGCCAAAGGCAAUGGCGGUACAACACCAGAUGAUGAGAGUCCAUGAUAAACUAACUUAACCACAAACAUAAACCCUGUGAGGUUAGCUCACUACAGAAGUGUACAAAAGACCAGAUUUCCAAGGUCCAGUCCAAAAAUAGUCCAAGAUUGGAGCAUUCAUUCGGAAUUCAGAACAGCAUACUAUCUUUUCAUUUGAAUUGCAUUGAAACUGCUUGUUGAAGCAUGUGUGACCAGGGGUGGGUGAUAUGACCAAAAUGUUGAGAAAUUUGUAGAAUUUUAUUUUUAUGUUUAAUUUUUUGGAUAAAUGUUAUAUCAGGAUAAUGAUAUAUAUCACAAUAUACUUCUUCAAAGCAGAGUGUAAACGUCUUCAAGCAAUAGCUGAAGAUAAGUAAACAGUCAGUAAUAAGAACAAAGAAGCAAAUGUCAAACAAAUAAUUAACACUGCUUUAAGUUUCUCCAGUAGAUCUAGCUAAUAGUAGUGUUAAAGUAAGAAAUGCUAAAAAAAUUGAAUAAAAUAACGUGUUAAAAACGGCAUCAUCUUUACUGUAUGUGUUAAAUAUAGAUUAAUUAUUAAAGCUACAAAAGCUACUCUAAAGUUCACUAACACUAAAGACAACACAAGCAUUUUGACAUGUUUGUAUGUAUUUGACUGGUUAGAUAUGCACCUGAAUUAAGUAUACAUAUAUUGCUUGGGGUGCGUGCUAAAUUGAGUUUUUCACAGCUUAUUGAGCUAUACAUAACUUUUUAAUAUCAAGAACAUCAUGCUAUAUGCUAUUUAUAUUAUUCAUAUACAUAUAUGCAUAGAACCUGAGCUCUUCCAAGGGUCUGUGCAUGACUUUAAAACUGUAAUAGCUGGUAUCUGUUUAAGAUUUUCUUUAUUCUCUUCACUCAGAUUACCUUUAUUUUUGUCAUUGACAUUAUCAAGAUAAGGAACUGCUGGGACAGUGUUCUCUAUAUUUUUCUAACAUGUUUCAUGAGAUGUGUAAGCAGCUGGCUUGGCCUCUGGAAAGGCACUGACACAUGCAGUAUCUGGCUUGAUUGAGUUUCAGAUCUGUGGAUCCUUUUCACAGAAUUUGUCAUUUUCUCCCAUGUAGGUUUUUCCUGCUGUAGUAAACUUCCAUGCUGUGGAAAAGUAAGAAGGGUUCAUAACACUUAACUUACUGAUUUGCAUAUACCAGUACCAAUUAAUAUAUUUAAUUAAAUUGCACAUUGACCUGAACAUGAGUAUCCACUGUCUCUAUGUUCUAGCUUAUUUCUUUUAGUGAGUCAUUUGUUUGUUGGCUUUUUUAAUUUUUAUUAGUCGACUUUUAUUAACCAGAACUAAAUGUGUGUGUGUGUGUGUGUGUGCUGUCUCAUAAUGCAGGAUAUACAUUUACAAUGAUUUCAUUUCCUCAUCUCUUGUCUUUCUUUUUUCUCUUUGUUUAACUUUCAGAAUGUAAAAUAUGACAAUCAUUACGCUGUGCGUGAUGAAUAAUUAAACAGUUACUCAUAGAAAAGUAUCUCAUUAACUGUUGUGCAUGCCGAUCUUUUUUCCUCGUAAUGUACCUGGUGGAUAUUCAUUUAAAUGUAAUACAUCAAAUACAACGUUGAUGUAAUACAUGCAAAUGUGUUGACCCAUCUUAUUUUACUAAACUGAAAGCUGUUUAGUGGUGAUUUGAACAAAGUCUCGCGAAUGUCCCGUUUGACAUGGGUAAAGCUCUAUUCAUAUGGAAAUUUAAAAAAAAAAAAUGAAAUGAAAUGGUAAUAUAACUGAGUUUGAAAUGACAGUGGCUGUGCUGUUACAUUCAAGUCCUGCACGUAUAUGGCAAAGAAAAUUAUUGUGAGACUGAUUUGUAACUUUGUAACUUUCUUUUUUCUUAAAAUUAGCAUUUUUAUAUUUUUUACAUCAAAUAAAGUCACCUCAAAACAAA